CACGUAAUGGCAGCCUUAAGACAAAAUCCACUCAGGUGCCGACAGUCAUAGUAGUCACAGCAGACAGCAGUAACGCCCAAAGUUGUUUCUUUGUUCUAUGGUAACGCAGUAACCGUCAAAGCUGGUGAAAGCUGGUGAGAGCUUGACUCCAGUUAAAGCAACUCGGUGGGUUGGGCCGCAUGACAAACAUGGAUGAUAGUGAGAAUACAACUUCAGUUGAUGAUCGCAGUGAGGCAUACUCAGAAGCAUCUGCCAGAGACUGUUUAGUUGAAGGCAUAAUUGGCCUUCUGCUUCCAACUGUGGAGCAAAUAGACGAACGAGUGAAGUCCACAAGGAUCAGUCAGCUAGAGCUUCGGCAACAUAUUGACACUUUGGCAGAAGACCUUCGGGCAUUGUCCGAAAACCAGCAGAUACCCUAUGACCUCGACAGUUAUGUCAAGAAACUUGUAAAUGCGAAAAGGAGGGUAGUGCUCGUCAACAGUAUCCUUCAGAACACCCAGAAUAACAAACACCAAGGUGAAGGGGCCCUGAAACACUUUUUGAACGUAGUAAGAAAAUGUUGCCGUUCUAUUCACAAGGCUUCUGUCAACAUGAACGUCUGAACAGAAUCAACCAGAGCAUCACCCGUGAAAAUGAGAGACGUACAGCACUCUUGGAGCCACAAGUUUCUACACCAAGCGAAGGAUAGCUCUAUGUACUGCCUACUAUGUUAUAUUGCAACAUUCCUAGGGAUCAGUGGUAUUGCAACCACAUCAACAGUUUGCAGAGCUUAUGAUAAUCAAUAUCCGUUCCACAUCAAAGCAUAGACGUCUUUAACGAACACAUCCUUGUCAUUUUGUGUGCAGUGCACAGCAGUAACAUGAAGAUAUGUUAACUGUAACAUGAUAUUCUAAUUGAAUACAGUAAGCAUACCUGUG